CCCUCCAAAUCAUGUGAUUCAGGUGUUCCAAUCCCCUCCAAAUCAUGUGAUUCAGGUGUUCCAAUCCCCUCCAAAUCAUGUGAUUCAGGUGUUCCAAUCCCCUCCAAAUCAUGUGAUUCAGGUGUUCCAAUCCCCUCCAAAUCAUGUGAUUCAGGUGUUCCAAUCCCCUCCAAAUCAUGUGAUUCAGGUGUUCCAAUCCCCUCCAAAUCAUGUGAUUCAGGUGUUCCAAUCCCCUCCAAAUCAUGUGAUUCAGGUGUUCCAAUCCCCUCCAAUCAUGUGAUUCAGGUGUUCCAUUCCCCUCCAAAUCAUGUGAUUCAGGUGUCCAAUCCCCUCCAAAUCAUGUGAUUCAGGUGCUCCAAUCCCCUCCAAAUCAUGUGAUUCAGGUGCUCCAAUCCCCUCCAAAUCAUGGGAUUCAGGUGCUCCAAUCCCCUCCAAAUCAUGUGAUUCAGGUGUUCCAAUCCCCUCCAAAUCAUGUGAUUCAGGUGCUCCAAUCCCCUCCAUGGACACAGGUGUUCCAAGCUCCUCCCACUGAUACCAAUGAUGGGGCACUAUUCCUCCCACUGA